AUGUCAUUGAAUCUUUUUACAAAAAUAAAAACCAUCAACAAUUUCGAUACAAUAAAUUGCUUAAGAUACAAAUCUUCCAUUGUUUCUCAAAUCCCAACACCAUUUACAAAACAAACAAAUAUCAUGUAUAAGCCUGCCUACCCAUUAUCAAAUCCAAAGGAAGGAGAUCUUAAACCAACAGCUGGUAGAAGUGUACCUGUAACAAAUAAUAAUGUAUUACAAUCUUAUAGGCGUGUAAACACUAUACUUUUUCUUAAUAAAACAAGGCUUGAGGCAAGAAGAAAUAGAUAUUAUGAAAAACCAACUGUAAAACGUAGACGAGUAACAAGAGAAAUUUCUGAACAACGGUUCAAAGAAGCUGUAAAGAAAAAAGUUUCAUUGAUUUUGCAAAUGAAACAAAGGUGUUGGGUAUGUGCAAAAGCAGCAGAUUUGAUUGAUCGAAGUGCAUUAUAUGGGUUAAAUAAACAUAUUAUCAUAAGUGAAUUAAAUAGAAUGUGGAAAAGAAUAGGCGAAGCAUACCAACCAGAAAUUCCAAAAAAGUUUUCAUCAUUUGAUGCAAUUUUUUACAACACAAAUCCAAAGCUUUCAAGUUUCGAGUUACCUGUUUUGACCAUUCAAAAAAGAUAUAUUAGAUUUAACCACGCUCCAAUUAUUGUUAAUAUUCAAGAACCAAUUUUCUUACCUACACCAAAUAUUAUCUUAAUCUUAACUGUGCAUGAUGAAGAGUUAAUUGAACAUUUAUUUUUUGAUUCAUUGGCUAACAUAUCUUGUGAUAAUGAUAUUGAUGGCUCAAGAAUUUAUCAAUUUUGGGUUAAGGUAGUAUAUAUUGGAAAGAUUGAAGCUUCAAAUGUUGUAGGAUUUACGCACAAAAGACUUGUUCAUAUUUGUGAUGUCGAUGGUGCAACAACAGCAACAUUAAUAUUAUUUGAUGAGCAAGUACACAUAGCUGGUUUAUUCAAAGGUGGCGACUAUUUAGGUAUUAACAUGCCAUAUGUUGAUCCAUUUCAAACAAAUGAUCGGGAAAUAUUCAUCCAAUAUGGAAACAUCACAAUGUUAUUUUGUCUGCCAAUGAGCGAAGUUUGUAAAAAUAUAAUCAAUUACGAAUUUUAUCCAAAAAGAAUUUACAUUGGCGAUUUACCACUAGGAUUAAACAUAACACUUUUUGGCAAAAUUGAAGAAAUAUUAGAUAAUUCACCUCUUUACUUGACGGAUGAUCAAACAAUUGAUAGAUGCGUAUUUAAAUUGAGUGAUGAUACUGGACAAGUAAAUAUAACAUUUAUCGGAGAUAUUGCAAGUAAUGUUAGCGAAGAUAAUAUCGGACAAUAUGUUGUAAUUAAUAAUUUAAACAUAUACAAGAAAGAUGAUGUUAAUACAUUGGAGGUGCUUGGUGAUUCAUCAAUUGAUACAACAAUUACUAAUCCUACCGUCGAUGGACAGGCAAGUGUAGAUAGAGGCGAUCAUUUAACUUUGUUAGAUGAUACUAAUAGUUAUUGGUGGUUAGUUAAAGUGUUGAAAAGUGAAGAAGUUGGUUAUAUACCUGCUGAAAACAUUGAGACACCAUAUGAAAGACUGGCAAGAAUGAAUAAGCAUAAAAAUAUUGAUGUGAUUGUAGUUGAAAAUGUACAAAAAUCAGUAAUAGAUGAUAAUUUAAUUGCUGAUGUUCAAAUAAAAAAUAAAAAAGUACUAGAUAUGGAAGAGAAAGAGGAAAACGAAAAGGAAUUAGUAACAGAGGAUGAAAACUUUUCAAAUAUAAUAACAGAUAAAUCAAUGAGCCACACAUCAAAUCCAGAACAAACUCAAUUGGAUUCCGUUUCUAAUACUAAUCAACAACAAUACACUCUACAAAAUAAUCAAGGCGAUAAUGGUAGCUUUGAUCCUAACAAUAUAUCUCAAAUGGUAUCAGAGCAUAAAACACCACAAAGAAAACCUACUGGUAUUAUUCCUCCUGUCGAUCUAAUCAAUCCCAACAAUAAUAAUUCUCCGCCACUUCCUGAUAUCUUUAACGAACCAAGCCAGACAAUAAAAGUGAGCCUUACACCUGUUCUAGAUGCUCUCGAAGAAUAUAAUAAAACAAUGGCCUUAAAAGUUCAAGAGGAGAAGAAGGCUCUUAAAAAAGAAAAAGAAAAACCUGCCGGGUUAUUCAAGAAUUUACUUAAAAAAAUCUCUUCAAAGAAAAAAGAUGAUGAAAAUCUUAAAUUAGAAACAAUCCCACCAGCACCAUAUAAUCAAACAAACAAUUAUAACAACUACAUCCCUGAUCUCAACAAUCCUAUGAAUCCUAUGUCAAUGAAUAAUAAUAUUGUUCUAAUCAAUCAAACAACUACCACCACUAGCCUUAUUAAACAAGCAUUAAAUCGAUUUAAAAUUGACAAUGAAAAUAAUUUGGAUGAUUAUUACAUUACAAUAAAACGAAUUGAUGGAGAGGAAACAUAUUUGAUGCCACAUGAUCAUCCUCUUGAGGUAUUCCAAUCAUUAAAUUCGCAUUCAACAGUUAUGUUACCAUCCAUAAACAGAAGCUCAGUAGCAUCAGUAUCUUCAACAUUUUCCAACAUAUCAAAUCAUCCAAUGGUAAAAAAUAUUGAAUCGAAUAAUAAUGAAAAGGCUGCUGCAGUCACAUUCUACCUAAAUAAAAAACUUGUUAAAAAUAUUAGAUCAUCCAUUAGUGAUAAGAAAUUACGUUUACAUGUUAUAAUAUAUGCGGAUGAUUUGCCAGCCCACCUACGUACAAAAAGUUCUUCAGCGCCAAUACCAAGAACAUCCAUGUCAGUACCAAAACAUAUCGCUGAAAAAUCAGCUAGGAGACGUUCGCGUGAGGAAGGAAAGCCAAAAGAAAAACAUUUGAUUGUUAAUGGUUUGGCAACUGUUGGUGAUGUUAUAUUGAAGUCAAUGGAGAAAUUUGGUAUAGUUGAUGGUAUUAUUGAUGAUGGUGAACAUAUAGAAAGCAAUGAUGAUGAAAUACCACGUUAUAGACUAAUGCUUAACAUGGAAGGAAAUGAAAAAUUAUUACAUCCUAAAGCAGGAAUCCUAUCUGCAUAUCCAACGCUACCAAAUCUUAGGCAUUUAUCAAUUGAUUCCUUAGAUUCCAAUUCUUCACUUGCAUUAGAUUAUCUUCCAGAUGAACCCGUAUUUGUUCUACGUCUGUUAAAACCUGAGGAUCAUAGAAAUCGUGCAAUGCCAGAUAUCGCUGAUCCAAAAAAAUACAUGCAAAAAUCAUCAUCGGGAAAACAAAUGAAAAAGUCAAAUCAUGAACAACAACAGCAACAAACUUUGAACAGUUAUAAUAAUAACAAUGAUGAUGAUGAACUACUAAAAAGAAAACAACUUAUUGAGAAGCAACGUGAAUAUAGUAGAGCCAAGCAAAAAUCUAUUGUAUCAGCCCAUAAAAAUGCAGAACACGGAGUUGAUAUUGUUACAAAUGAUGGGUCAAUUAGAAGUUCAAGGAUUUUUGGUGGGUCGAAAGUACGUUAUUCAUUUAUUUCGACUGAUGGUGAAGAGAUUGAUAUCAGUGAUAUUAUCGAAGAUAUUUUGGGUGACGAUGAUGAUCUUGUGAAACUUUAUAGAAAGAGUACUACCCAAGAUGUAGAUAUUUUGGUAAAGAUUGUUGACCGGGCUCAAAAUAAUGAUGGUGAUGAAGAGUCAAGUCAAUCUUUAGACAAGAUUGGUCGUGUAAUUGAAAAAGUGAAACUAAACCCAUCAUAUAGGUUGAAAUCUGAAAAUCAAGAUACGGUAGGUGAUUUAGUGUACAAACCCAAUAAAACACAACCAUUCCAACAAACAAAAACAAGAAGUAGGUCCUCUUCCAAUUCAUCAGUUAAUUCAAUCAAUUCAUCAUCAACCAACGAUCUGCAAAAAAAAAUUAGCAAACAUCAUCAAAUGCCUUCAUCAUCAUCGUCUGUAUUAUCAAUUUCUGAAAUUGAUUUGGUGUUGUCGAAUGAUAUUGGUUUGAAAGAAUUGUUAAUACUUGUGAGAUCAGGUGUUAAUAUGUUGGAGUUGAAGGAGCGUAGGAAGAGUGGAUGGCAUUUAAAUGAAGAUCCUGAAAGAGUUUUGGAACAAAUUAAACCAACUGAAAUAAAAGAAGAAAUUAAAGAUGUUUUUGCUGACGUUAAUCAACAACUUGAUAAAAUAGAACAGGAUCUUGAUGAAUUAUUUGAUGAUGUAAUAAAGACGUUUUGA